AUGAUUAGUCCUACGGAUACAUCGACUACUUCUGAAAUAAUAAAAGAACAAGUAUUUGAAGUUGGACCUCGUUACACAGAUUUAAAAUAUAUCGGUGAAGGUGCUUACGGUAUGGUUGUUUCCGGUGUAGACAAUUGUCUAGGUCAAAGAGUAGCUAUAAAAAAAUUAUCUCCAUUUGAGCAUCAAUGUUUUUGUCAACGAACAUUACGCGAAAUUAAAAUAUUAUCACGUUUCAAACAUGAAAAUGUUAUUAAUAUUCAAGAUAUACUAAGAUCGAAUGUAUUUGAAAAUAUGAAAGAUGUCUACAUUGUACAAACUCUUAUGGAAUGUGAUAUGUAUAAAUUAAUUAAACAUCAAAAAUUGAGUAAAUAUCCACUUUUAAAGAGCCUAGCGAGAAUCUCAGAUCCAAAUGUGAAUCAUUCCGGAGUACUGACGGAAUAUGUUGCCACACGAUGGUAUCGUGCUCCAGAAAUUAUGUUAAAUGCUAGGGGUUACAAUAAACCAAUUGAUUUGUGGUCAGUUGGAUGCAUAUUGGCCGAAAUGAUUUCUGGAAAAGCCUUAUUUCCAGGUAAACAUUACAUUGAUCAAAUCAAUCUUAUUUUAAAUGUUGUCGGUAGUCCAAAUGAACAAGAUCUAAAAUCAAUCGUGAAUGAAAAAGCACGCAAUUACAUUGCUUCAUUAAAAGUUCGAUCAAAACAACCAUUUUACACUUUGUAUCCAUAUGCUGAAAUGGAUGCAAUCGAUCUUUUAGAUAAACUGUUAACAUUUGAUCCACAUAAAAGAAUCGAUGUACACAAUGCUUUAGCUCAUCCUUAUUUAAAACAAUAUUUUGAGCCAAAUGAUGAACCAGUAGCCACUCAUCCAUUUACAAUUGAUAUGGAAUUCGAUGAUUAUCCAAUACCAAAAUUAAAGCAAUUAAUAUGGGAUGAAACAAUAUUAAUUAAAGAAGGAUUAAUACAAAAAUAA